AUGGGAAAGUCAAGACAAGAUGCUGCGUCUAAAGCAGACCGUAAACUCGAGAAGAAGGUUCAGUUCUAUAGCAAGGUUAGAGAUACAGUUACUGUUUUGAAUGCUCAAAAAUCUAUUACUAAGAAGAACAAGCUUCGAAGUCGACAGAAGAAAUUGAAAGCAUAUGACCUCUCUACCCUCACAGAGUUCCUUCCUGAGUUGAAGUCUCCUCAGCUAUCAAAACCUGCUGCUGUGUUUAAAUUGAAUUCUAAAUCAAGGCAAAAGCUAAUAUUGAAGGAAGGGAAACAGUUGAAUAUGGUUCUUAACCAUCCGGCUUUCCAGGCAGACCCCCUGGGAUCCAUUCAUCAACACUUACUGAGCACACAACCUGCUGCGGAGGAGAAGCCUAAGAAAAAGGUGAACAAAAAUGGAGGGAAGAAAGUCAAGGGGAAAAAGUCGAAAGCAUCAACUGAACCUCAGUCUAUGGAUUUUUGA